AGAUCUCUUCCUCCCCCCCACCAAAACCACCAGGUCCAACACAGUCUGUGAAGUGAUCCCGUGCAAGUCAGACCAUGGUCCCAGCCGACGACUAACAACGGAAAAUGUUGACAGACGUAAGCACCAGAGUCCCCAGCGGACCACUUUACACCAACCACCACCAGAUUACAAAACCCGUACCUGAGCUCAACACAACAGUCAAAGCAUGUGCGACGGACACUUGGCCCACCGAACAAGAAAUAAUGGAGCAUCCGGGCCUCAGAGGCACACCGCUGGCCAUGUUGGCGGCUCAAUGCAAUAAACUCUCUAGUAAAUCGCCACCGCCGCUGGCGGACGCGGCAGUCGGGAAAGGAUUCCACCCCUGGAAGAAAAGCCCCCAAGGAGGAAGCGGUGGUGUCGCAGGGAGGAACGAGACAGCGACCAGUUCGGCCCCGUACACGAGACCACCGGUCAGCUCGUGUAGCUACACGGCCGCCACUGGCGAACUGUGGUCGACGACGGCGUCGAGCGCACCGCCCCCGGAAAAUCAGCUGAAAGUGGAAGCCGUCUAUUCGAGGCACCCUUACGAAUCGUGGCCGUUCAACACGAUGCCCGGUGCCCACCACGUGAAACCGGAAACCGUCAACGCUGCGGGUUGGUGGGACGUCCAUUCCGCUGCGGCACCCGGUUGGCUGGACAUGUCGGGACACACUCAGAUGAACUACAGCCCCGAUUAUACCCUCAGCCACACAUUGGCCGCAUCUAACACAGCUCACCUCCUAGGAUCCGGACAGCACCUUUUACAGGACUAUAAAAUGUUACCGGGUCAGGGUAGCACGUUCGGACUCCACCAUACUCCGGCGGCGGCGCCUGCUCCGGCCCCUCAAGCGCCAUCGCCGAGGUCGCAGCGUCGGUACACAGGCAGGGCGACUUGUGACUGCCCCAACUGCCAGGAAGCAGAGAGGCUGGGACCCGCGGGGGUCCAUCUUAGGAAAAAGAACAUCCACAGUUGUCACAUCCCCGGUUGUGGAAAAGUGUACGGGAAGACGUCCCAUCUCAAGGCGCAUUUGAGGUGGCACACUGGAGAGCGCCCUUUUGUCUGCAACUGGCUCUUUUGCGGCAAGCGGUUCACCAGGUCGGACGAACUGCAACGCCAUUUGAGGACUCACACCGGAGAAAAAAGGUUCGCCUGUCCUAUAUGUAACAAGAGGUUCAUGCGCUCAGACCACCUCGCGAAACACGUCAAGACUCACAGCGGGAACGGAAGUAAAAAAGGAAGCAGCGAGUCGUGUUCGGACUCGGAGGAGACCUCGCUCACGGGCACACCUCCGCCGAGCGAGCCUACUCUGGGGGAAGCGAUGAAAGGCGGGCUGGUCUGAGCGCUGGACCUCCCCAACUCCAAAACCGAAAAAAGAAACAAAAUUGACUUAUUAGUUAACUCUAGUUGACAUUUUUUCAGAAGACUCUUCCGGGGGAUGGAGCCAUGUCUGAUCUGAAGGGCCUCUUCUUGUCUCUACUCGACCGCUGCACAGGCUGGGCUCUGUUCAU